AUGAUUAGGCUUACUAAUAAGCGCUUAGUUAGAGGCCUGCAAAUGACUACUUUAGCAAAGUCUAGUCAUUUGACCGUACGCACAGCCAUGACAAGAAAGUUCAGCCUGUCAUGCAGCGUCCUGAACGAGGCACAUCUUACUGAAGAUGAAAGGGAGCUGCUGAAUGAACCAAGAGCCCGCGAUUAUGUGGAUGUUUGCAUUGUUGGAGGAGGACCGGCAGGAUUGGCAACAGCCAUUAAACUGAAACAGUUAGACAAUGCCUCGGGAACAGGUCAGUUGCGUGUUGUUGUACUUGAAAAAUCUAGUGUGCUGGGCGGCCAAACUGUUUCAGGUGCCAUAUUAGAACCAGGAGUAUGGAUGGAGCUGUUUCCUGAUGAACAAUCUGAUAUAGGUAUUCCGUUGCCAAAACAUUUAGCGACUUUGGUGACCAAAGAGCAUUUGAAGUUCUUGAAGGGGAACUGGGCCAUAAGCGUCCCCGAACCAUCUCAAAUGGUGAAUAAAGGUCGUAACUUCAUUGUCUCUUUGAACCAAGUCGUUGGUUACUUGGGAGAAAAAGCAGAAGAAGUAGGAGUUGAAAUCUAUCCUGGGAUAGCUGUGUCAGACCUCAUAUAUGAUAAAAAUAAUGCUGUGAAAGGUAUAGUCACCAAGGAUGCUGGUAUUUCGAAAUCUGGCAAGCCUAAAGAGACUUUCGAACGUGGUAUGGAAUUUUGGGCAAGACAAACUGUAUUAGCAGAGGGCUGUCAUGGUUCCUUGACCAAACAAGCCCUUAAAAAGUAUGAUUUAAGAAAAGGCAGACAGCAUCAGACUUAUGGAUUGGGUAUCAAAGAAGUUUGGGAAGUAAAACCUGAGAAUUUCAGCAAGGGGUUCGCAGCCCACACUAUGGGAUAUCCGUUAUCAAAUGACAUUUAUGGUGGUGGUUUUCAAUAUCAUUUCGGCGAAGGGCUGGUUACAGUAGGCCUUGUGGUGGGGCUGGACUACAAGAAUCCAUACGUUUCACCAUACAAAGAAUUCCAGAAAAUGAAACAUCAUCCGUAUUAUUCCAAAGUUUUAGAAGGCGGUAGGUGCAUUGCCUAUGCUGCAAGAGCUUUGAAUGAAGGUGGUCUUCAAUCUGUGCCAAAACUGAACUUCCCUGGAGGCAUUUUAGUAGGUGCUAGCGCCGGCUUUAUGAACGUGCCUAAGAUCAAGGGAACACAUACCGCAAUGAAGAGUGGGUUGCUUGCCGCUGAAAGUAUCUUUGAAUCUAUAAAAGGUUUACCUGUAUUAGAAGAAGUUGAAGACGACGAUGUCAAGACGGAAAUUUUUGCUAAAGAGCCAAUUAUCAACUUGGAAUCAUACGAAAGCGCGUUUAAAAAUUCAUCCAUAUAUAAAGAACUUUAUGAAGUCCGUAAUAUCAGACCGUCAUUCAAUGGGAGAUUCGGUGGAUAUGGUGGCAUGAUAUAUUCUGGUAUCGACUCUUUGUUUUUGAAGGGCAAAGUUCCUUGGACACUGAAAUUCGAUGAGAAAAAUGACGGUGAAAUUUUGAAACCUGCCUCAGAUUACAAACCCAUAGAAUAUCCCAAGCCAGAUGGUGUGAUAUCCUUCGAUAUAUUAACAUCUGUGUCCAGAACGGGAACGUACCAUGACGAUGAUGAACCAUGCCACUUGAGAGUUCCAGAUCAAGAUAUGGUGAAAUACGCCGAGAGAAGCUUCCCAGUUUGGAAGGGCGUCGAAUCAAGAUUUUGCCCAGCGGGUGUAUACGAGUUUGUCAAGAGUGAAAAAUCUUCCGUGGGCACAAGGCUCCAAAUCAACUCUCAAAAUUGCAUCCAUUGUAAGACCUGUGAUAUAAAGGCGCCAAGGCAAGAUAUCACUUGGAAAGUACCUGAGGGUGGAGACGGACCAAAAUACACACUGACUUGA